AUGUACCGAAAGAACAAAACAUUGCCGUUUUUCGAUAAAAUCGUGCACUGUAUCGAUCAGUUUGUUGAGAAAGAAUUUUCACACCAAGAUGGUUGGAUUCAUACCGAUCUUGUUGUCAAGUGUCAACAUGUACUUUUGAACAUCAUUGCCAUAAUUGGCUUCGAUUAUGAUUUAGAAAAAGGUUCUUCGACGGAUGGUGACACUCUUCGGCAAGCAUUUAACGAUGUUAUCAAGUGUGCCAAUCGUUUCGCUCUGAUGGCUGCUAUCCCUUUAUGGAUUGCACGAUUGCGUUUAGCACUCGAUUCGAAAUUUCAACGUGCUUUGCGCAUUCUUCGACACUAUGUCAUGCGUAUUAUUCAUGAGGAACAAAAACGACAAUGUGAAGAACAACAACUGUUGGCCAAACCCAAAACUCUAAUUGCAUCGAUGGUGGCUGCAGCUGAAAAUGAUCGAUUAGAAACGGGUUCAUCAAAAGCGUCGCUAAGUCCUACUGAACUCUUCGAUGAAGUAUCUUUGUCGAUGGUUGCCGGUUUCGAAACAACAUCAGCAGCACUAUCGUGGUUCUUUUUUUUAAUGUCAAAACAUCCAGAUGUACAAGCGAAGAUCAAAGAUGAGCUCCUUCGUCAUGGUUUAACUUCCGAUGCUAUACUUACACCCGAAGAUUUGGACGAGUUAGUCUACGUGGAAUGUGUCAUGAAAGAAAUACUACGAUAUGCUCCGAUUGCUGCUGCAAUCGUUCGUCAAGCAACACGAGAUGAUGUAAUCAAUGAUAUUAUCGUCAAAAAGGGUGACAUAUUUUUGAUUGCGACGCAGAACAUGCACCGAGACUCACGCUAUUGGCAGAUCGAUCCAAUGAAAUUUUUUCCUGAGCGAUUCCUUGAUGAAGACAAAUAUCCUACUCCGUACGCCUACAUGCCAUUCGGUGGUGGUCAUCGAACAUGUAUCGGUCAAGAUUUGGCUUUGUUUGAGUUCAAAAUUGCUAUUACACGGCUUAUGCAGCGUAUUAUAAUUGAAGAUGCUGGCAAUGAGGCCAACAAUUCUGGUGGAUUUAUGCAACGAAUCACUUGCUUUCCAAAACAUGUGGCUAUAAGAGUUUACAUGGAUUCAAACGCAAAAUUGCCAGCCUAA